AAUUUAGGCAACAAUUCAGACUCUAAAAAUGAAGAUGGCUCGGUCUUUUCACAGACUGAACACAAUAUUGUUGCAACUUACUUGAUUAUGGCAGGUACGGUUGUUUAAUUAUUUCAUUAACAGCUAUCUUGCUUUAGAAUGAGUGAAGGAAAGCAGAGGUUUUCAUCACACGGCUAAAGAAAGAGCAUAUGUUCUUUCAAGUUCCAUAUUGGCCAACCUCGACAAAUCAUUAUCCUUAGUUUGCUUGCUCAUAUGGUAAAUGAGGAUGAUAAUAAUCUAUUUCUGGGCUAUAAAGAUCAAAUAAGAGAAUGUGGGUGAAAGCAUAAAAGAAAGCAUUGUUAAUGGUGGAUAAUGUCACCGGUUAUUUUGAAUUCUGAUAAAUAAUGUGAGAGCACUGAAGUGGGACUGAGCAGUUUUCUGUGCAAUGAAUAGUACUUUUGUAAAAAUUAUCCAUAUAUUUGGUUAUUACACUGUCAAGUUUUUAUUGGGGCAGAAUAUAUACCAUGACAGAAAUGUAUUUUUAUAUCAUUUACUAUUCUUGUUCAUAAUUUUCAUGUUUUUGUUCUUGGUGGUAGAAUCUAGCUAAAGAUUGAAAGGUUCUGGAAAGAAAAUUAAAAUCCUAAAAAAACAGAGCAGAGUGUCUUGUCAUUGAGAACAGAGUUUUGAAAAUUCAGCUAAUUCCAAAAUGCUAUAUUUGGAUUUCAUCUUUUAAUAUCUUUGCAACUGUAUGAUAAGUAUUCUCAGCAACAUAAUAGUUCUGGGCAUCUUCAUUAAGUACAAGGAACUCCGGACACCCACCAAUGCGAUUAUUAUAAACCUGGCUGUCACCGACAUCGGGGUCAGCAGCAUUGGCUAUCCCAUGUCUGCUGCCUCGGAUCUGUAUGGAAGCUGGAAAUUUGGAUAUGCAGGUUGUCAGAUUUAUGCUGGAUUGAAUAUUUUUUUUGGAAUGGCAAGCAUUGGGUUACUCACGGUCGUGGCCAUGGAUCGAUAUCUAACCAUCUGCCGCCCUGACAUAGGAAGAAGAAUGACCACCCACACUUACGUGGGCAUGAUUCUGGGGGCCUGGGUGAACGGCCUGUUUUGGGCUGUGAUGCCUAUCACAGGGUGGGCUGGUUACGCCCCGGACCCUACUGGGGCUACCUGUACCAUAAACUGGCGGAAGAAUGAUGCAUCUUUUGUGUCUUACACGAUGACCGUGAUUGCUGUAAAUUUCGUCGUGCCCUUGAUGGUGAUGUUUUACUGCUAUUUCCACGUCACUCGCUCUAUGAAGCGCCACACGGCCGCUAACGGCGCUGGCUCCUCGCACGGAGACUGGUCAGACCAGGUAGACGUAACAAAGAUGUCCGUGAUAAUGAUAAGCAUGUUCCUGGUGGCAUGGUCCCCUUACGCCAUUGUAUGCUUAUGGGCUUCUUUUGGUAACCCAGAGAAGAUUCCUCCCUCAAUGGCCAUCAUAGCUCCACUGUUCGCAAAAUCUUCUACAUUCUACAACCCCUGCAUUUAUGUGGUUGCUAAUAAAAAGUUUCGGAGGGCAAUGUUUGCCAUGUUCAAAUGUCAGACUCACCAAGCAAUGCCCGUGACAAGUAUUUUCCCAAUGGGUGUAUCUCAAAACCCACUGCCUUCUGGAAGAACCUGAAAUAAGAGAAAAACACACUCUAUCAAAACUUUUUGUUUUGUUUUUGCAAUGCUUUAUUUUAAAUAUGAGCCCAUUUAGAUCAAAAGCAGACAUAGAUUAUGGUCCUAUUAGACUGUACAUUUCGCAGCUUAUAAUUCUUCUGUUUGUGCGUUGGCUGCUGUAGUGCGUGUUUCUCUGUUUCUCUUUGUGUAAACUAUUGCUCAUCUCCUUUGAUGAAUCCAGGCACAUGAGAUUAAAGUCUCUUUUCUUUCUCUGUAUCAUGGCAUGCAUUACACUGUAUUGAUGACCUGUAACUUGCUUGGGUCUCCCAUUGGACUAGAAGGAGCCAUUAUUUUGUUAGAAUAAAUUAAUAAUAAUAAUAAUGAACAAUCCUCAACAAAUAAUUACUGAAAUGAGUUAUUGCAUGUUCCCAG